UUUACUAGCUGUGCUUUCACGAAGAACAUUCAAAGUAAAGGCUUAGUUAAGAACACUUUGCUGUUGAGGUCUUGAAGAAAAUUUCUUUAACAAACUGUUCCAUCAGAGUUUUUGUAUGUGUGGACGAAUUGAGAAAAUUCAUCCUUCUCCACAUUUAUCCAUAGUUAAUCAAUUUGAUGAACGUCUGAAAAGAGAUGGGUCCCCGUACAGCAGACAAUGCUUCUAAGAAUGAAAAGGCCACCACGAGUAGUUGUGUCGGUCCAGCAAAACCCCGGCUGAGAAGCAGCAGCGAUGGAAACAUUUACACCAGAAGGGCAGUUGGUGGCCACAGUUCAUCCUCCUCCUUGACACUCUCCAGCCCUAAAUCAGUCCUGAAAAGACCAGUGAGCACGGAGGAGCUCAUAACGCCAGGAGGCCCCUACAUCAAGAAAACAUUUACAAUUGUGGGUGAUGCAGUAGGCUGGGGGUUUGUGGUCAGAGGACAGCAGCCAUGUUACAUUCAGGCUGUGGAGCCUUUUGGUCCAGCUGCUGCUGCUGGAAUAAAGGUACGGCAGUUUGUGGUAUCUGUGAAUGGUCUUAAUGUUCUCGAUCUGGACUACCGGACAGUCCGCCACCUGAUUCUGACCGGACCCAAAACUGUAGUGAUGGAGGUGAUGGAGGAAAUGGACCACUGAGGAGCAAAAUAAACACAAUUUACACAAGAGACAAAACAGAGAAUUCUUUUUAAAGAUUUCUUGUGAUGACUUGUACACACCCGCUCUUCACAUUCUGGAAUGGAUUCUGUUUAGUUUACUGUUCAUUUCACUUUCAAAGCAGGUUAGUUUCUUUGGUCUGGGCCGUUUUCAAACAGCAUUUUCAAUUCAACUUGGUAGUACAGAGACCAAUUGGGUCAUGUAUUCUGAGUAUUAUAAGAUUCAGUUGUGGCGGGUCAUGUUUUUAGUACUCCAGUAAGGUGCAAGAAGAUGCCAAUCAUGGUCCAGCACCAGAAGUCUGCAUAAAAAUGCAUUUAGAAGUCCAGUUGGUCUUACAGGAACACAUUGGCCAUUUUAACACUGAUCAACAACCUGUUCAAAAACAAGAUUUCUAGAGUUCCCAAAGGUUGUUAAAUAUAGAGAAAAACUAAAUCAACACAAAGGACUAAAAGACUGAAGUGAAUGGGUGUCAUGAUUAAAACCAAGAGCCCAAUCCUUGUCAUUCAUGGUGGCAAGAACUGGUACAAGUUGUAAACUCAAGCCUUUAAAUGGUUGGAAAAGGAUCUCCAGGGGAAAUUAAAUGCAUUGCAUUCAGCUGUAAUAACUGCCUUUUUAUAACUUGUUGAUUGCAGCUCAAAAGGAUCAUUGCCAUGAAGAGUAAAACAAAAUCGCUUAGAUAUCUUUAAAUAGGAAUGAAAUAAUCCUCCGUUUUAAGAGAAUUUUGUCAGAUUAUCAAUUGAAUCUGACACAAAAGGUUGCAGUAUGACCUACAAAUAUAAAUAUCUAUGAAGGACUCUGCAAAACAUGUUGUUUUAAAACUGAAAGUGCUCUAAGUAUCUGAUAAAAAUUGGCUAAUUACAAUACAUGAAAUUGUAAAGCGCUUUAAAAAUGUUUUCAGUAUCAACCAUAUGGUGUUAAUGAUAAACUCAACUCUUCAGAAGUAACUCCACCACUCUUGUGUUUCCUAGUUCAACAUGUGUGUUAUGAAACAUUUUCACCUCCUUAAAAUGCAGACAAGUUUAAGUAGGGUGCUUUCUGUUGUGUCAUGUUUUAAGGAUGUAUUUAUUAUGUUCAAGCUAAUUUCUAUCAUUAAUUGUUAACCCCUAACUUCACGGUGAUGUGUUGGAAACAGGUUGUGGAAUUAAUCAUGCUGCUGACGUCCCUUUUCCGAGGUUAGCUGGACUUUAAACUCUCUGCCACUUCACUACCUGUCUGCUCACAAACAGUAUCAACAGCAGGGACAUUUCCACUGACCUGCUCACAAGCAUACAUGUCUGGCAGCAAAAACGACCCUUCUAGGUUCUCCUGUGUGUUUACCUUUCCACCCACUCCAUUCUGGUUCACCAAAUAAGGAAAGAACAGGUGUGUUGUAGAGGUGUGAUGCAGAUCAACAACCUAACAAAGAAACAGAUUGUAGCUCAACUGUUUUGUGUGAAAUAUUUUUGUACAGUCUGAUAUUCCAUUAAUAUUUUAUACCUUUAUAUCCAUUUUGUUUUGUGAUUUUAUUUUGUGGCAUUUUUCUGUACUAAGGUAAAAGCUUUAUCAGCAUUUGAUUCCACAGCCUCCGUGAAUAUCUUGCCUCCACUUGUGUCUCUUAUCGUGAAGACAGUGUCAAUAAAUAUAGUUUUGAAGGUUUCUAAGAUAAGUAAUUGUCUUCAUGAAAUGAUGUUAUUCUACAUAAAUAUAAUGUUUCUGUCUUUUCUCUUGUUCUUAAAAUACUAAAUAAAAAGGCAAUGUGGCAAACAA